CAGACGUACGCCAGCACAUCCCUCUAGAGUGAAAAGUCAUCAUUAUCUUUAACCUUCAAUGACUCACAUACACUUGAAAAAUACCAUAGCCCUGAAACCUUGCUUCCGGAUUCAAUCUAUUCGCGGAAAUUGUUGCAAAGCACAAGAUAAGAACGCCUCGCGAGGGAAUCCCCAUCCGAACGCGACCCAGUCUCCAUUCCUCCCGCAGGAAGUCGAGAUGAACGGAGUGAAAGCCGCACCUGUUGAUCUCCUUCACGUCCGAGCCGCGUCCCAAAGGAUCCAUGGCUGGGUGCACAGGACUCCCGUGUUCACUUGCCAAGCCCUGGAUGAUAUGGCGGGAAGGGAACUCUACUUUAAGGCCGAGAAUCUGCAGAAAACUGGCGCCUUUAAGGCCAGGGGCGCCUGCAAUGCGGUGUUCUUGGAGAAGGAGAGGAAUCCAAACUGCGUUGGAAUAGUGACUGACAGCUCCGGAAAUCAUGCACAGGGGGUGGCAUACGCAUCAAAAUGCGUAGACCUCGACUGCACCGUUGUGCUGCCGAGAGGAGCCCCCAAAGUGAAAUGCGACGCCAUUCGGGGAUACGGAGCAGAGCUGGUCUUUUGCGACCCGACUCCCACGGCCAGGAAGAAAAUGUCUGCAAAAAUAGCGAACGAGACUGGCAAGACAAUCAUCAGCUCUUCAGAUAAUUAUGAUGUGAUGGCAGGCCAGGGAACAAUAGCCCUUGAGCUAUUGGAAGAGGUACCUGAUCUAGAUGCAGUACUAGUGUCCACCAGCGCUGGGGGUAUGUUAGCAGGGAUAGCUGUUGCUGUGCGAGCGCUGCGACCUCAGUGUAGAGUGUAUGCAGUGGAGCCAGUGGGCAAGGGGUUGCAGAAGUGCCUGGAGGCCAAGGAGAGAUUGUGGCCAAACCCGUCCAGGUUCCUCAACACCAUUGCUGACUCCAUAAGGUUGCAGGCGAUUGGGGAGCUGACUUUUCCAAUCAUCUGUGACUGCGCGGAUUCGAAAGUAUUCACCGUCACAGAUGACCAGAUGGUGGAAGGCAUGAAGCUCACAUUUGAGAGGAUGAAGUUGGUGGUUGAAGCUGCCUCGGGGGCGGCUGUUUAUGCUGCCGUUCACAUGAUGGAUGAGGUUGAUCCCCCCCCUCGCAAGGUGGGGGUCAUCCUCUGUGGCGGCAACACAGACCUGGACAACCUGCCUUGGCUCACGCGCUCCACCACCUACAACUGAGGGGACCCUUUCACCCUCUGCCAGUGGCUAUAUUGUCCCCACUUUGAAUCUUUUGGCAUUUCGGUUUUCUGGAAUUUUGUUUGUUGAUCAUAAUGUAGUUGAAGUUUGUUGUGGAUUUCUUUUGAAAUAUGAGUUCAUUCUCUUGAAGAUAUAUAGACGUAUAAGUAAAGAUAAAGCACUUAUGUGAUAUCAGGUGUUCCUGAAUUAUAAUGCAAUUUAAGUAAAGUUGCACCUAGAAAAGUAGUUACUCCUAUUUGAUAGUAAUGAAGACAGCCAUGAUAUUAGGGCAUUUACCAUGUAGCUACUGAACGUGUAAAGCUAAAAGACGGGAAUCUCAUACUACACUUCAUCUUCUGUGAUCACGAUGUGUUCUGUGAUUUAUAACUUAAGAUUAUUUGCACAUGUGAUAUAGGUUUUAGGUGGAAAUAUGUGAAAGCUUGUCUCAGUAGGUUCGGCAUAGACUGGGUAAAGAUGUGUUAUUUCGUUAUAGAGUAACUCAACAGACAUCAUAUGAAGAGCAAAUUAUUUCUUAUCCUUUUGAAAUUCAUCUCAGAUUUUCUUUUAAGUGGAUUCCACCCCUUGAUUUUGUGAAGGAAGAGCAAUCUGAUAUCAAGUUAAUCAAAUCAUUUAUGUUAUCAAUGUGUUUGUAUUUAGGAUUUAUGUGGUGUUGUAUGGAAAUUGUGAUGACAUUACAGUCUGAAAGAAAAUUUUAUUCACAGGAGCAUGAAUGUUAUCCUGAAUUGAUAUGAAAAAUGCAAAAAAGAGCUGUAUGUGGCCUAAGAUAUAGUUGUUAUUAAAGUUAUUAUUAUUUUCAUUAUUAUUGUCAUUAUUAAUAUUAUUAUCUUC